AUGCGUUUGAUCCGGAGCUUCCCCGCUCCAGCUCCCCGCGUUCUUCCCCGCCAUCAGAUCUCCAUCGUUCAGAUCCCCCAAUCGCCACGGUUUCUGUCCAGAGCUAUAUCAAGUAGCUCGACAAAUCGGGAGAAAACGAGUCAGGAUGAAGGAAGCUCUUCAAAUUCCAGUUCCUCAUCGACUAAUCCAUCGUAUUUCUGGAGCCCAAGUCGGACUCUCUUGGCCUCCGUAUUCGCUACGGGACUAGGCUACGGCUAUGCUUCCUACAGCCAGAAUCAACAACCAGCAAAAACGCCGCAAUAUGGCUCGAUGAAAGAUUUCGAAAAGGCGAUCGCUGAGUUGAGAGCGAUACUAGGCGAAGACACAAUAAGUACCGACGAAGACGAACUUCAACGGCACGGCUUCUCGGCGUGGUCCAGUAUUAAUAUUGACCGCUUACCAGUCGCAAUAGCAUACCCUCGUUCUACUGAGGAAGUCUCGGAGAUCGCCAAGAUCUGCAGCAAGUAUCGCAUGCCGAUGAUCCCUUACUCCGGGGGAUCAAGUCUGGAAGCUAACUUUUCCGCGCCACACGGCGGCAUGACGAUCGACUUUGCAUUCAUGAGAAAGAUAUUGAAAAUCAACGAGGAAGAUUUGGAUAUAGUGGUUCAACCCGCUAUCCAAUGGAUGGACCUGAACGAGCAAAUUAAGGAUACCGGGUUGAUGUUCCCAGUGGACCCUGGUCCGUCAGCUAUGAUUGGCGGUAUGGUGGGCACGAACUGCAGUGGAACAAACGCGGUGCGAUACGGCGCUAUGAAGGACUGGGUGAUUAACUUAACGGUUGUAUUGGCCGACGGUCGGAUCAUCAAGACUCGCAGACGUCCACGUAAAACCUCCGCUGGCUACAAUCUCACUGGACUCUUCGUGGGUUCUGAGGGCACUCUAGGUAUCGUUACAGAGGCAACAUUGAGGCUGGCUGUGAUCCCUGAAGAAACAAGAGUCGGAGUGGUUACCUUCCCGACUCUUCCUGACGCUGCUUCUAUGGCUAUGCAGGUUAUUCGGAAAGGAAUCAUCGUGCAGUGUAUGGAGAUUCUUGAUGAUGUGCAGAUGGACGUGAUCAAUCGGGCGGGUGGUACGGGAAGAACAUGGAGCGUGGCCCCGACUCUUUUCUUCAAGUUUUCUGGAUCAAAAGCUGGUGUCGCGGACAGUGUAAAUCUGACAACGAAUUUGGCAAAGAGUAACAAUGCUGCGUCGUUCGAGUUCGCUCAGGAUGAGAAGCAGGCACAUGACUUGUGGUCAGCGCGCAAGCAAGCUUUAUGGAGCAUGAUGGCUCUUCGCGAAGAAGGAUCUGAAGUUUGGUCGACCGACGUCGCCGUGCCGAUCUCUAGACUGCAUGAUAUCAUCGAAUCUUCGCAAAAGGAAGUGGCCGACCUUAAUCUUUUCGCUAGCAUUCUUGGGCAUAUCGGCGACGGCAACUUCCAUACAAGUAUCAUGUUUGACGGCACUAACCCGGCAGAAAAGGCACGAGUUGAGAAUAUGGUUCACAACAUGGUUGAUCGAGCUCUUGAAAUGGAGGGUUCGUGCACGGGUGAACACGGUAUUGGUCUAGGCAAAAAGGAGUCUCUGAAGAAAGAACUUGGACUGGAGACGAUUGAUGUGAUGCGUAGUAUUAAGCGCUCCCUUGAUCCACAUUGGCUGUUGAACCCUGACAAGAUCUUUGAUUCGGUGGCUUGA